AUGUAUUCAUUUAACAUAGAUCAAGAAAAAAAUCCUGAUAAUUACAUAUUGACAAAUAUCGAUCCAACAUUUACAGAAGAUGAAUGUCACGAUUUGUUAACAAAACCAAGACAAAUUCAAAAUACAAUCGGAUUAUAUACUUUAAAGGCGAAAUGUCACAGUUUAGAAUUGGAAUUAGAACGAAAUAAUGGAUUUUGGGUUGGAAAACCUCAAGAAUGGGGUCAUGUAACGCAAAAAUUAAAAGAAAAAUGCACGGUUGACAUGCCUAAAAAAACACAAAGAGAUAUGGGAAUUUUUUGCCGGCCUUAUUACAUGGAACUCGAAUAUCACAAAAUGUUAGCAAAAGCAGGUUUAUUAUACAGCGACGAAGAAGAAUCGGAUGAUGAAGAUGAUGAAGAACAGGAUAAAACAUAUUGUUUACCGUUAAGAAAAAUAAAAUAUAAAACCUACGAUCCCUGUAAGGAAAAAGAAGAAAGAAAAGAAAAAAAAGAAAUACCCUCUGAAUCACCACCCAAAGAUAUAUUAGAAGAAUUAUCCCGUCAGGGAAUUAAUCCCAAAUUGAAAAAAAUACCAACGGGUUGUCAAUGUGAUUAUUAUGGUACUCACAACGAACCUCCAACAAUGCAUGAAACCAUUCAAAUGUAA